GCAGCCACUAGCUUAGUCCACCAGCUAGCUAAGCAGUAAGCAGUAUAUAUAGUGACAAGAAAAUGAGAAAUUGUAGGGUGUCUAGUGUCUCAAUUUUCCAAUUGCCACUUCUCUCCUCUUUUAAGUAUCCCUUCACUCGUCCUUUUUCCCCCCUUUCCUCUCAACGACAUAUAACAACUAACCCUUCUUUUACCACUUCACUCUCUACUCAUCUCUAUCACCAAAUCAACUAGAGAUCCCCAAGUAGAAGGUCGAAACAUUUGUAUCAAGGGUCGGCUUGUGUAAGAGAGCGCGAGGGGGGAACUAAAGACCACGAUAUAUAUAAAAAUAUACGUAAAAUACAUAUUGGAAAUUCAACCUUUUUUUUAUAUAUAUAUAUAUCUUUCUCAGGACGUAAUAGAAAAGAUUGAUUGGCUAAUUCUGUAAAUUAAGGUUAAGAACAUAACCACAAUACAUUAUUAUUGUUAUUAUUAUCAUAACGUAUUAACAAUCACGUUAUAAUUUUUGAAACACUAUUUUUGUAAGGGAAGAAUUAGCUCGUUCUUAUCAACCGAAGCUAGUUCGCUUUCUUUAUUACUUACUAGUCCUUAAGGCACCAACGUAACAUCAACACAUAUAUUUUAUAUUUGUUCGGUUUUAAGCAAGCACUUAGCAGCCUGGAAACUAUCACUCCUAACCAUAGCCAACCUAUGGAAAACCACAAGCAAAACACCUCCCAAGCUCCUCUCCUUCCCUACCACCACUCGCCGCAAUCUUCCCGGCUCAAAAUCUCCGAGGUGGUAAUUGAGGUGAGACAACUCUACAACAUAGCUUUUCCAUUGAUUUUAAGCAGUCUACUUACCUACGGCAAGUCAGCCAUUUCAAUGGCCUUCAUGGGGCAUCUAGGAAAGGAGGCUUUAGCCGGUGGUGCGCUCGCUAUCGGCUUUGCAAACAUCACCGGCUACUCGAUCCUAUCCGGGUUAGCCAUGGGCAUGGACGCCAUCUCCUCCCAAGCCUUUGGUGCCAAACAAUGGACUCUAAUGGGUCAUACUCUUCAACGUACAAUUGUCAUCUUAUGCCUUUGUUGCCUUCCAAUCUCAUUUCUUUGGCUCAAUCUUAAGCCUAUCCUCGUCUUACUCGGUCAAGAUCCGGCUAUUAGCUCUGUCGCCGCCACCUACCUCGCUUACUGCCUCCCGGACUUGUUCUUCAUGGCUUUGAUCAACCCUAUAAAAAUCUAUCUUCGGUCACAAAAGGUGACACGUCCUCUUGUGGUUAGCGCGGGGGUAGCUUUGUCAUUUCACUUUCCUGUGAACUAUGUCAUGGUUAGCUACCUAGGCCUCGGAAUUCGAGGGGUGGCCAUUUCCACGGCGAUCAUGGACCUCAACAUACUAUUAGUCAUGGUGGUUUAUAUCAUGAUUACUGGGACCCACAAGAAGACUUGGCAAGGUUGGUCUUUUGAAUGUUUCUAUGGUUGGUCUACUAUUCUUUCUUUAGCUAUUCCAAAUUGUAUUUCGGUAUGUUUGGAAUGGUGGUGGUACGAACUCAUGAUUGUUAUGUCCGGUCUACUGCCUAAUGCCGCGGAUGCUGUUGCCACCAUGGGGCUACUAAUCCAAGCCACUUCGCUUAUCUACAUUUUCCCGUCUUCUCUUAGCCUCGCGGUGUCUACUAGGGUUGGUAACGAGCUUGGUGCUGGCCAACCAAAUAAGGCAAGGACCUCAUCUAACAUAUCAUUGUGUUGUGCAAUUUUUACUAGUGUACUUGCCUUGGCCUUUUCUGUGACAAUGAGGAACUUUUGGGGAAGGGCAUUUACGUCCGACGAGGCGGUCAUUGCCCUCACCGCGGCAGCCAUGCCGAUCUUGGGGUUGUGUGAGCUUGGAAACUGCCCACAAACAACCAUGUGUGGGGUGCUCCGGGGUAGUGCUAGACCUAAACUUGGAGCUAAUAUCAAUUUAGGGUCAUUUUAUGGAGUUGGGCUUCCAGUUGCUAUUGCAUUGAGUUUUUUCAUGAAUAUGGGCCUAUUGGGCCUUUGGGUGGGCCUUCUUGCAGCCCAAGUAGCCUGCUCACUUUUCAUGGCAAUCAUGUUGGUAAGAACUGAUUGGGCCUAUGAAGCCCAACGGGCCAAAGAACUCACUGGUGGUUCCAAUUUUGAAGAAUCAGAUGAAAAAGAAGAAAAUGAUGAUCUUGAAUCACAAUUCUUGAAGAAAGAAAAUGAUGAAGAUGUUCAAGCACCAUUGAUGAUUAAAAAUGAAACUGUCCAAUAAUAUUUUUGGUUUUUAUUUUUCAUUUUUUUGGGGUACAUAAUUUAGUACUAGUUAAAGAGAAAAAGGUUUUUGUGAGCUGGAUAAUUUUGGCCUUGUGCCUAGUUUCGGCAUUUUUGGUUUCUUUGAGUUUUAUUAUUUUUGGGAGGGGGUACCAAAAAAGAUAUAUGUACAUAUUGAUUAAUGGAGAUACCAUCUUUCUAUAUUGUCAA